AUGGAUGGUCUUUGUAAAGUUUGUGGUAUGGAGAUAGAAACUUUAAAACACCAACUGUGCGAUUGUCAAUCAGCAAAAUUAGUUUGGAAGGGUUUCUCGUAUCGAAUUGAUGUAUCUUCAGUUGGGGGGAGUACAUGGGGCGAAUGGUGGAUGAACUUAAUCCAUUCGUGGGAUGGAUUGAAAGACAACAAUAUUUUAAUUGGAAUAGCUGCAAACUUAUGUUGGUAUUUAUGGAAGUCUCGUAACGAUUCUGUGUUUGGUAGAGCUGGUUGGUCUGGCCAGAAGAUCAUUGAAGUUGCUGUUGGGCAAUUUUGGGAGUUUUACGGGGUUCAUUCAAAAAUCAUUCAAGAUCCCUAUCAGUUUAUUCCUAUUCCCUCUCCUCUGCCAGUGCGUUGGUUGCCGCCGAAUGUGGGUUGUUUAAGGGCUAACGUUGAUGCAGCAGUUAACACCUUCUCUAAUGAAGUUGCUGGUGGUCUGAAGUUUUUAUCUGAUCCCACAGUUGGGGAAGCAUUUGUGUUGAGGCAGACAAUGCUCAAGGUAAGGAAGCGAUUGUUGUCACAGGUUAUUUUUGAGUCUAAUGCUAAACAAAUGGUGGACAUAGUUAAUGGAACUCAGGUAUGUCCAAUCGCUUUGAUGCAGUUGAUUGAAGAUGUCCAGAUGUGGUUGAAGCAUUCAAAUAGGUUUGUUGUUAAGUUUGUUCCCAGGGAUGCCAACAUUGCUGUCCAUAAUCUAGCAAAGUAUGCCAAGUCUAGGAAGGUCGAUGCUGAGUUUUCUGAUUUUUUUCCUCUUGUUUUGAUGGAUGUUGUAGUGGAGCAGUGUAUUUGA